CACGGAUCCCACUGUCGUCAUGGCAACCGACGCUUACGGGAGAGUCAAAACUCAAAUCUGACUUCUCUCAGCUAAAGUUUUAGCCUCUAAAUACUCUAAAUAGUUCAUCAUUCCCGACAUGUUAAUACUACACCAGCUGCUGUACUGAAAUGGAUUCAGGUGAGUCGUUUUAAGAACAGGUACGCCCCGGUUACAAUGCUGUCGACCUGCAAAGGUGCUGUGGCGGCUGCGGCGGCGGCGGCACCGGGGCGAGGUCGUCCGGAGACGGCUGCAGGGAGGCAAAGCGACGGCCACGGAGGAGCUCAAGACGGUGAAAAGAGACGACAAGGGCUCGGUGUUCAGGAGUGGCCCGACGGAUCCAGAUACGAGGGAGAGUUUGUGAACGGAUUCAAACACGGCAGAGGAAAAUACAGCUGGAGGAACGGAGAGUACUAUGAGGGCUCUUUCUACAAGGACUACAGACAUGGGGAUGGACUGUACUGCUGGCCCACAGGCCACAAGUUCACCGGCAAGUUCUACCUCAACAGAAAGGAAGGUUACGGACAACAGCUGUUCCCUGAUGGAACCACCUUUCAGGGUUUGUACCACACAGACCAGAGGUUUGGUCCAGGCGUGGUUAGUUAUCCAGAUGGGCGUAAGGAUGUGGGCCUGUGGCUCGGGGAGCGCCUGCUAAAGCUCUGUGCCUCCGUAGAAGAGGGCUUUAGCCUGAAGCGCUUUCCUGAAUAUGCUGCCUACAUGGACCCAACUACCACCACCAUUCAGGUGCAUGUUCACCACUCACUAUCUCAGCCUCCUACUAGUGCUCUACAGACAGAAGCCAGGGCAGACUCUAAAGUGGAUCUGCUGUCAGAUGAGAAUUUUAUCCUCCCUCCUGGCAUUGAGAGUUACUCAACAGAUGGUGAACACUUACCGCUACCCCCUGGUCGAAGAAGAGAGCUGGAUCAACACUUUUAUGGAGAGCUGUGGGAGCCAGAUACUUACCAGCACCAGGGCUGUGAGCGAGAUCCACUAUCCACCCUGCCCUUACAGGCCCGCAUGCAGGCUCACAUACACAAACACAGACUCCAGGCUGAAAAUGUGGGCUGGGACGUGGCAGCUGUUAUCACUCUGAACAGGGAAAGUUUUGGUCCAAAAGGACCUUUGGAAGUCAGUUCAGAGUUGUUGAUCCAGCACGCCUCUCGAGGUGAACUGCACGCUGUGUCACAGAUCCUCCAGACUGGUUUGGUCCAUCCUGAUGUAGCAGAUUCACAGGGACACACUGCACUCAUCGCUGCCACAGUAAACUGCCAUAAUGACGUGAUACAGCUGUUGUUGGACAUGGGUGCUGAUAUUGACAAGUUGAACUGUGAAGGCAUGUCUGCGCUGGCCGUGUGUCAUGUCCUCUACUACCCUUUUCAUUCUCUGCACGCCACUUUCACUGAACCACCUGCCAAAACUCUAACUUUGAGGUCCCCAUCUAUAUGUGGGAAUAGUCUCCAGAUCAGCCAAGUGGACUUCACAACAGACACACCCAGACUUAACAACAGAAGUCCCCACUCUGACCUGACAGCAGAAAAACUAUCUGAGCACAUCUUACAUCACAGCAGUAAAGUGUCCAGUGACAGUGAGCUCAUCAUUGAACGCUGGUCUGGCCUAAAUGAGAUCCCCUCAGACACUGAACACCUACAAGAGAGGAGAGAUGGAGGGGAAAGAAACUGCAAGGAGACAGAGAAAGAGGGACAGGUUAGAAAUGAAAGGAGCAGGAGGGAGAUGAAGGAAGAGAGCAAAGUGGCGGAAAAAGAGACAGAGAGCAGAUGUGGUCAAACAUGCAGAAAUGGAGAUUUAGAGCUUGGUGAGGGGAGAGAGACAGAGUCAAGAAGAGAAGAUAUAGAAGUGACAAAGGAGGUUGACAAAGAUGUGGAAAGAGAAAGAGUAAGGAAUACUCGUGAAGAGGAUGUGAAGGAAAGAGAACGGAGAGGAAGUGAGGACAUGCCUCACGUGGAGCGUUCCAUUCAGGUGUUGGAUGGUCACAUCGCCCUGGGCAGCGUGCAGUGGAAGGAAUGUCGAGCUAAGGCAGCAGGGAGAGUUCAGCAGGUCAGAGACAAAGAACUGUCCCCAAACUCGACCUUUGACUCUGCCUGCUCCGUCAGCAGCUACAAAAUCCAGGUCACAGAGGAAGUGAUGCAGCGGUCAGCAGAAGCGCUGAGUCGCACAGGGAUUCCUCAGCGCUCUGACACGCAGGAGACUGUACGCAAAAUGGCUGCCAUGAAAACAGAACACCGUGUUCGUUUGAGCACCCUGAAGCUGUUAUUGGAACGUGGAGCUGACCCCAACAUAUCCAAGGUCCCCAUGCCUGUCCUCUUUUUAGCCAUCAUGGCGGCUGACACUGAGGCUGUCAGGAGGCUGCUGUUAUCUGGAGCUCGCACUGACAUUCCUCUUCCACCUGAGAGAAAAGGCCUGUAUCUUCUGCAUGUGGCUGCAGCUCUGCCAGGUCCUGCAGGUCCUAAAAUCACAGAGUUGCUGCUCCAUGCUCUCACUGAUCCAGACGCACAGGCAUGUGAUGAGAACGAGAUCUAUGAACCGGAUAAGAUUUCCAUGAAGGACCAGGAACCACUGAGCACAGAUAAAAACCCACAUCUCAAAGAAGGAGGCCAAACAGCUCUGCAUGUGGCCUGCCAGAGAGACAGUGACUACCGGAAUGUCAGUAAGGUGGUAGCCCUCCUGCUCUCGCACAGAGCCAGCACAGAUCUCCUCUGGAGUGGACACUCGCCACUCUCCCUGGCUAUAGCAAGUGGAAAUGAUCUGGCAGUGGAGCAGCUGCUGAAUGGAGGUGCAAAUCCCAACAUCCCCCUCGGUCACAGGGUGGGCAGUGCUCUCUGUGCCCUCGCCAACAUCAACUACCACUUAGGUGGCAACAGAACUAAGCUGUUGGACAUGUUAGCCAAGGCCGGUGCCGACAUCAUGAUGCCAGUUGCUGUGGGUGAUGUUGUGGGAACUGCAGUGGACUAUGCGCACUACUCCUUCAACCAGGACUCACGUAUUGCCAAAACUCCCUUCCAUGCUCUGAACAUGUGUGAGAGGGAAACAUUCAAAGCACGGCGCCAGCUCCUGAAAAUGAUGGGAGAUUUACUGAGACAGACUGCUGUCCAGAGGGAACAAGAGAAUUUAGAGAGAGAACAACACCUUGCACUGAACAGUACCAGCAGCACAGAGAGGUUUGUGUACACGGGGGCAGGUGCCAACGUGCCACUCCCCAGCUCUGAAAGUCUACCACUAUACAGGAAGCCAGUGUUGAAGUUCUGCUAUCACUGCGGUCGCUCUGUGUCCGUGAAGCUGACUGCUUGUAGCCGCUGCCGCAAGGUCUUCUACUGCUCCAGGAACUGCAAGCUGAAGGCAUGGGACGAAAGACACAAGGACGAGUGUAUCCGGGUGUCAGCAUCUGCUGAUGGAAUCCAGAAGAGUGUUGUGUUUAAGUCCCAAAGAGGACCCAAGCCCUUGACUGCCAUGUUGAAAUCCAAAACAGUACCCAGGCCCAUGAGUGUCAAGUUGAAACCCCAGAGAGUCUCCAAGCCCUUGAGCAUGGCAGAGAAGGUCUUGGAGAGCCAAGUCAACCUGAAGGAAAACUACAGCUGCAACUGAUGGACACUAACAUUUCAUACACUAAAUAACUUUAUAGAAUAGAAUAGAAUAGAUCUUUAUUGCCAUUGUCACAGGUACAACGAGAUUAUCUACCUAACAUUACAAUGCACUUUUGUCACAUAACUUUGUUCUCUGAUUCUGACUCUUAACUUUAUAUGUUUGGCUGAAUAUUUUGUGCCAUAAUCAUUAUUUAUAACUGUAGGUUUGCACUUUGUUGUAGUAUUGUCCUUAUAGUGUAAUAAUAUCUAUAUCUAUCUGGGUUUGUCACACAAAUAUUGAACACUAAAUGUCUGAGGUAGAGGUAGCACACACAUAGAAUGUCAGGACAAAGUUGACUAAUCUAAAUUUCCUAAUUUAAUGUGGUUAUGCUAACGUUUAGUUUAAAAUUUUAAGAGACAGAGCUUUUAAUUCCAUCUUAUGGUCUUCAUCAGCAACCUCAUUCUUGGUAUUUUUGUCUCCAGUGCUUUUAAUUGCAUCUCAAGGUUUUCAGCAAUUAAAGUCAUCUCACCUGUUACGGUUCAGUUUGCAUCUUACAGUACGGUAUGUUCCAUACUUAAAUCAUGUGAUGACAACUCCAACAGAAGUAAACUCCAGUUACUGAUGAAGACCUUGAGAUGAGAAUGAAAGCUCCAGAAAGCUUUGAUAUGCUCAUUGAGUCAAGAUUUUUUAUUCUUGUCAAACUACUGUUCCUAAAAUCAAGAUGACUUUUAAGCUGAAGUAUGUACGUAUGGUCUAUAUGAUUGUUUGUAUUCUGCUCACUGGAUGAAAUCUUUUUUUUUGCCUUCCCCGGUCUGUCUCAUCCCUGCUUCUGAUGGACUACUUAUAUACUUAUGUUUCACCUUACCUUCACUGAAUCUAGCAUUAUAAAUGUAUAAUGUAAAUGUGGCUGUACACACAUUUAGGCUAAGUACUGUUGAUACCACGUGUCACCAAUUGCCAGGCGCAUUGUAGCCCUUCUAGCACAGAAGCUGGUUUCAGGUUGUUGAUUAAUUAUCUGUACAAAGCUUUGGUUUCACACACAA